GAGUUUGAUGUUCCGUUCGGUGCCCAUGGUGGAGACUGACCAAAUGAAGUUGGUACAGAUCAAAGUCAUUCUCAGCUACAUUGCCACCAAAUGUGCCCUCCAUGGGAAGGACAAGAAGGAGAGAGCUCCGUCAGAGGGGAACCUAAUUUACCACAGUCUUUUAUGGUUUUUGACUGUAAAAUCUGAGGCAGGAGGGUUCUGGCCGAAUAUCUGUCUGUUUUCGCCAUUGACAUGUAUACUGAAGAUAUGAUGGGUUUGGAUUACUCAGUUCUCCAUCAACCUUACAUUCCCCAAAUGAGAAAGAGGCUAGCCUUGCCAAGGCCAAGGACAAAGCUAGGAACCAUUAUUUGCCUGCUUAUGAGAAGGACACAGUGAAGAAUUCCUGACUGUGUUGAAGACUCACCAGCCGUGUGUCACCUCCCUGCCAAUGUCAGGCCCUGCCUCCAUUGGGUUCCUGUCUUGUAUCUCGGAGUAGCUGUUGCUGGGCUACAGAACAAGUCUACAGAAUAUUGGCUGUGACAGACUAGGAAUCUCCAAUCUACUGCACUUUGAUAGACAUUGUGUGUCCUUGAAAUUCUCCAAAAUGCAGAGAACUUAAAUAACCAUCAUGGCCAGCACCCAGGAAGUUGACAUCCGUAAGAAGAAUUUUAAAUUUUUAACAUCUCUGGGGUGUGGUACCUUUGGGGAGGUGAUACUUGCCCAACACCUUUCCACGAAAACGCAGGUGGCUAACAAGGUGCUUGAGAAAGAGUACAAAGAUAUGGAGUACAUCAGGUCUGAAGUUGCCAUCCAUAAGUCCUUGCAACACAGAAACAUCUUCCAGUUUUUCCAUGCUAUCAACACGCUGCAGACCAACUAUCUGGUCAUGGAAUACCUUAAAGGAAAAGACCUGGUGAUGUUUAUCAGGGAGGUGGGCUGUCUAAAAGAGGAGGAGGCUAGGCCCCUAAUCAAUCAGUUGGCAUCUGCUGUACACUUUCUGCACCAAAGCCGGAUCGCACACUGCGACAUCAAGCUAGAGAACAUCCUUCUGGGGGAAGGCGGCAAAGUCAAACUUUGUGAUUUGGGGCUGGCCAGUCAGCUUGCAGAGGGCCAGAUGCUGGAGGAGCUGUGGGGCACCUUCCCAUAUUUGGCUUCUGAGAUCUUGGCCGGAACACCAAUAUGAUGCUAUGGCAGGCGACACAUGGAGCUUAGGGAUUGUCUUCUAUGUCCUGGUCACCAGACAAUUGCACUAUGUAGCAUCGACCCCCAAAGCUAUGUACCACCUUAUCACCACCACCCUGUGCUUUCUAAAGCCUGUUAUUUCACCUUGGCCAAACUGCUCACGGGUUACAUUUGGUUCAGGUUUACAUCAUCUCGGCUUGUCCCUGGGCCAUAUUCGGGAACACGUAACACCUCCUGUCAAGGAAAUCCUUGCCAACGUUGUGGAGACCAUGUGUAACAACAGGUACACCUGUGAGCAGGUUGUAUCACUGCUAAAAGACCCACAGUUAAACCUAACAGCAACGAUUAACAUACUAAAAUUCAAAGUGAGCUCUGGGGAUAGCAGUCUGCAAAAUAUCAUCCCUGCAGUCAAUAUUAGCGUCCCUAUCGCCAUGAAGAGGAGCCACAGUGAACCGGCUCUGCUGUCCAGAUACAGAAGCAAAGCAGGGCUACACACACACACCUGCCCAGAGGAGCUGCACUAUUCAGAUAACACAGCCCCAGAAGGAGAUGCAUUGGCCACUGAAACCAUCAAAUCCACUACAGGGGACACCACAGUCAACAUGAUGUCACUGGAUAGCCUGGCUGAUGAAUCUUCCUCUCAUGAACCACCUCUGAAUGGGAGAUGCAUGGGGCUGGUGAACAUGGCCUUCAGCGAAGAACAAUCCACAGAGCCAGAGGUGCCGAGUGACCAGCCCAGGUUGUACCCACAGCCUUUGGAACCAGGCCAAUCCGGGGUUGGAAGCUGAUGAAGAAGAGAAUUUACCGGGCACUGAGAGCACUGUGCUCUGCUGCCUGCCCGCUACACGUGGGCAAACGGAAGUGGCCUAGGAGAAUUCCGGCCCUGGUAAGGAGUUCCUGUUGCAGGAGGGAGCCAGGACAGAAGCUCAGUUGACUGUGGCCCUGCAACCCAGGGCAAUAGGCCUCUGCGUCCAUACUCCAGCUACAAGUUCUGAACUGCCAGUCCAUUUCUCCUUUAGCUUACUGUUGCCAGAUCCAGGGCUGGACAGAACUCCCAUCUGCCCACUGAGUCUCCACCUCCCCAGCAAUGACUUGGAUGCCCACCUCAUGCUGAUCAUCAUCUUGGUCGCUUCCUCUUCUCCAACUUAAUGUGGGACUGACUGUCAGGCAGACCUGCAACAAUGCAUGUCCA